AUGGGCAACAAAGUGAUGCUGCGAGCUCUAUGUGAUUCAGGUUGCCAAAUCAAUUUGGUAUCGAGCGAUACUGCACAACGACUACGAUUAAAGAAGGCUUAUUCACAAUUGCAAAUUCUCGGUUUGGGCGGCAUCCAAGAAGCCAAAGGUAAAGUUGAAUUGCAAUUGGAAUCGCCGUUUAAUGCUCAAGUCAACGUCAGCGUUGAAUGCUAUGUAACCACUCGAUUGCUUGGCAUUCUACCACAAUCAGCGGUCGACGUUGAAGAAUGGCCAGACAUUAAAAAAUUGAAGCUUGCCGAUGAAGGAUUCCACUUACCAGGGCAAGUCGAUCUCAUUCUCGGCGCUGAAUUUUACAGCCAUAUUGUAAAAAACGGCGUGCGACAUUUUAAAGACGGUCCAACCGCACAGAACACCUCGUUUGGAUGGAUUGUAUUCGGACAGAUUGGGCUACCAAAAUGUCACAUCGCAGUAGCCAAUCCGCUCAUCGCCGAUGAUGAAGUGAUGAAAUUGCUCACGCGAUUCUGGAAUUUGGAAAGCGUACCAACUCGCCAUUUUCAAACAGAGGAAGAGCAAAAAUGUGAAGACAUAUUCACAAAGACCACCACCAGAGAUCACACCGGACGAUUCUGUGCCAGAAUACCAAUGAUUGAUGAUCCACCUGAGGUAAUUGGCUCGCGCUUAUUGGCAUUAGGUCGCCUAAGACAAAUGCACAAGCGUUUCGAUCGCGAUCCAUCAUUGCGCGAAAAUUACGUCAAAUUUUUGGCGGAAUAUGAAUCGCUUGGACACAUGGAACUCGUGCCAAAGAGAGAGCGUGUCUACAAAAGUGCAGUGUACAUACCACAUCAUGCUGCGGGAACGAGCAAGUUCCGUGUAGUAUUCGACGGAAGUUGUAAAAACAAGGGAAGUCCGUCGCCAAAUGACAUUCAAUUGAAUGGUGAACGUUUACAACCAGAUUUGACGACAAUCAUCAUGCGAUUUCGAUUCGGAAAAAUAGCAUUAUGCGCUGACAUUGCCAAAAUGUAUCGCCAGGUGCGUGUGCCAGAAGAUCAACGAGAUUCUCAGCGAAUUUUAUGGAGCGAUUCACCCGAUGAUCCGGUACGCGAAUAUCGUUUGUGCACGCAAACUUACGGAAUGAAGUCAGCAGCAUAUGUAUGUAUUCGUACGCUAUUUGAAUGUGCCAACAUAGGCGAAAAUGAUCAUCCGAAGGCUGCCAAAGUAGUUCGAACGAGCUUUUACGUAGACGAUAUGUUGCAUUCGGAACCAGACCUUGAAUCAGCAACUCACGUUUAUCACGAGCUCAAUGAAAUGUUGGGAUCAUGUCAAAUGCAACUAGCAAAAUGGAUCACCAACGACCCACAAAUGCAUGACAUAAUGCAAGCCAACGGCGGGGAACCAUUGCUAGAGCUCGACAAGGAGCAAACCAACGCUGUGCUCGGAAUGCAUUGGAACCCAAUCAAAGACGAGUUCCAAUUCAUAAUAAAAACUCCACCAUCGGAUGAAAAACCAACCAAACGGCGCAUCGCCUCGGAUAUUGCUCGGCUUUAUGACCCGAACGGCCUUCUCGCUCCAGUAAUCAUUCAAGGUAGAAUCAUUCUACAGCGAGUGUGGCGACAGAAGUUAGGCUGGGAUGAGGAGAUCGAAGACGAUGCGGAUGAAGAGCUAUAUAUCGCCAGCGAUUGGGACGCGUUCCGCCGAGAUCUACCUGCUGUGGAAAAAAUCCGGAUUCCGCGAUGGAUAAAAAUGCAGCCAAAUGCAAAAACACAAUUGCACGGUUUCAGCGACGCCUCUGACGAUGCAUAUGGCAUAUCAUUUUACAUACGCGUUGAAACUACUAAAAGAGAAAUCGAUACACGCCUAGUGUUUUCCAAGAUCAGAGUGUCACCCACGACAAAAGCAACAGUGCCGAAACUGGAACUGAGCGCUGCUCAUUUGAUGGCAAAAAUGCUAUCAAGUGUCGUGGAGACACACGAUGUGACCAUGAAUGAUUGCUAUUUGUGGUCGGAUUCGAUGAUCGUGUUGCAUUGGAUCCGGAAAAGUCCAGCCAAAUUGGACGUGUUUCAAGCAAACAGAGUAGCAGAGAUCCAAGAGCUCACCGAAGGAGCAGCUUGGGCACAUGUCGCCACCAAAGACAAUCCAGCCGACUUGUGUUCAAGAGGUGUGUCACCAAGUAAAUUGAUCGACGCGAAGUUAUGGUGGCAUGGACCCUCUUGGUUACGAACACCGCAGCCAUCGUGGCCGGAAAGCAAGCUCAACCUCAGCUCGCAUGAUGCCAAGGUCGUUGAAUCGGCCACGAAAAAGGCAAAGCCAGUGAUUGGUUUCGCUCAUGCUGAACCCGAGCAGACGGUCACCAAAACUGUUCGAUUAGGAGGAGAAUUGAUCGACAUCGGAUUACACCAGGCAAUCAGUCAUUGGGGAAGAUUAGCACGCGUGACAGCCUACGUCUUGCGAUUCAUACAUAACAUCCGCAGUAAAUCAAAUCGACUCACCGGAGCCAUAUCCAGUGAUGAGAUGAUUGAUGCUGAGACAGUGUGGAUUCGGUACAGCCAAAAAACAUUCUUUGCCAAGGAAAUUGUCGAUUGUCAAAAUCGAAAGCCGCUUGACAAAUCAUCGCCAUUGCACAAGUUAUCGCCAUUCAUCGACAACAAAGGAGUGCUGCGGUUAAGUGGGCGUUUGAAGCAUUCUGGAAUGCCAUACGAUUCCAUCCACCCCAUGGUGUUAACCAAUAAAUGCAUUAUCGCACGACGCCUAGUCGAUCAUGCACACAAUGUUACGCUUCACGGUGGCAUCCAAUUAACGCAACAAUAUUUACGUAAUAAAUAUUGGAUAAUUGGGCUACGCACUCUGGUCAAAAGCGUGGUAAAUCGUUGGUUACCAUGCGUCCGCCAACGGAGAGAGAAUGCGGAACAAUUGAUGGGCCAAUUACCACCGUCGAGAGUGCGUCCAGGUCGCGCAUUUGCACACACCAGCGUAGAUUAUCUAGGGCCAAUCCUAGUGAAGCGGUAUAAUGCAACCAGAGCAAAAAUAGUUGACAAGGGCUAUGUGUCAGUAUUCGUGUGCAUGAAAACUCGGGCUGUACACCUGGAAUUAGUCAGCUCUCUCACCACUGAGGCCUUUCUCGCUGCAUAUUCUCGAUUUACGCAUCGACGAGGGAAAGUUGAAGAAAUGUGGAGUGACAAUGGCACUACAUUUCAAGGUGCCUCAAAUGAGAUGGAAAAAAUCAACAAGGAUUGGAAAGACGCUGCCGAAAGCGAACUGUUUCGACAAAAUGCCACCAGAUGGAAUUUUUUGCCGCCACAUGCGCCACACAUGGGGGGCAUUCACGAAGCAGCAGUAAAAAGCGCCAAGCACCAUUUACGCCGUGUCAUCGGAAAUCAGCAGUUAACGAGCAAUUGGCCACGCUGUUAA